AUGGUUAUGAUUACUGUUAAACCGCGUUCCAAAUCUUUAAAGGAAGUUACUAUCGAAGAACCAAUUGAAUCUGUUGAUAAAAUUGUUUCUAUAGUUUCUGAAAAAAAUAAAAACAUUGAUAUUAAUAGAUUAAGAUUAACUUGUCUAAAAAAUGACAAACAGGUUACAUUAGACACUCCUCAAUUACUAGAUUUAUUAAAGGAUUCUUCUUCCGUUACAUUAUAUGUUAAAGAUUUAGGUCCACAAAUUUCUUGGAGUUUGGUUUUUAUGAUUGAAUACACCGGCCCAAUUCUCAUCCACACUUUAUUAUAUUUAAUAGCCCAAAAUCCUAAUGGAUGUACAAAUUCAAUUAUUAACAGGGAUUACUACAACCCUGCUUUGAACAAAUUGGUAUACACAUUGAACACGUUACAUUUUGUCAAAAGAAUAUUAGAAACCCUUUUCAUACACAAAUUCUCCAACAAUACUAUGCCAUUCUUCAAUGUUUUCAAAAACUCUUUUCAUUAUUGGGUAUUGAACGGGUUGAUUGGUUUGGGCUACUUUGGUAUUGGAUUUUGUAUUCCUGAGACUACUGUUUUCAAAGUGUACAAUAUUUUAAAAUUGAAUAAUUUAAAUUUGUUAGUUGGUUUGUUUGCAUUCUGUGAAUUUCAAAAUUUCCAGACACAUUUGAAAUUGCGUAGAUGGGGUGAAAUCCAAAAGUCCAAAGGUAACAUGAAAAAGAGAAUUCCAAUCGAUGAUGGUAUUUUCAAGUUAUUAGUUGCUCCAAAUUAUACUUUUGAAAUUUUAUCUUGGGUUUGGUUUACAUUAAUUUUCAAAUUAAACGUCUUUAGUUUGAUAUUUUUAAUUGUUGCCACCGUUCAAAUGUAUUUAUGGGCCAUGAAGAAAAAUGAAAAAUACGGUACAAACAGAAAAUUUUUGAUUCCUUUUAUCUUCUGA